GUACAUUUUUGAAACGAGUAACCUUUCGGACAGGAUUGAUUUCAUCAUGUUUCCGGUCGCAAAUGAGAAACAACGCUAGAGUGUGGCGCUCAUAACGAGGCGUUUCUUGCAACAUCCAUUUACAGCAUGUUUCUGUUAUUAUUCACUUCCAUUGGAAGUUGAUUAAACUUAAUAGGCACACGAAUGUGCUAUAUGUGCUGCUCAAUGUUAGUUGUAAUCAUUCCUGGAGAACUCACAGUCAGAGACGAAACGCGUCGAAAGAAAUAAAAAGUUACAGCAACAAGAAGUCUUCCUUUGUGCUGCUCACUAGUCUCCGUUAAAAAUAAAGGAUAAUUCUUGUACAUUUCCGGAACGUGGAAGAAGAGUUUUGUUCACGAAACCAGAUGACGACCUCCCAUAAUACGCGACAAUACUUUGCGCUUAGUCACGCUCACUCCAGAACCGAUGGGCUUGAGGUCACAGUGAUAUACACCGGACAAAAUCUAAAGUCAAAUACUUUUCGGCAUGGACUAAAAAAUAUUUCUUUGAGUAUAGGACUCGAUAAUGGUUAAGAGGAAAAAAUUAUGGGAAUAUAUUUUUUUACAGCUGUUUGAAAUGGCGUGCAAAAUACCUGUGGCUCCGAAUACAGACAUGGGAUCCGUCGCGUUUCGAUUAUUCAACCUUCGUUAUUUUAUUGCUAACUUCGUAUUUCAUAGCCUCUAAAUGGUGGCCUAUAUCAGAACGGAACAAUCUUAUGUUUUUUUCCGCUCAUAAAUUUCGUCAGCGGCUGGACAGCGAGGGCGAAGUUGUCACUUUUUAAGUCUUAACAUGACGCUUUUCACUGCCUUACACAUGUGUGACGUACCACAUCACGUGACCUGAAUCGGAACGUUUUCAAAAUAGCCGUUCAUUAAGCGUCAAAAAAAAAAAUUGUAGAAAAUUUGGUUUUGCACAAUAUAUCGUUUAUUUGCUCAUUCAGUAUUCUUUAGCCUAAGAGGAAUGUAGCGGGACAAAAAAAAGGGGAAAAUGUUGGCGUCAGUUACCCUUUAAGCCGGUCGUUACAAAGGAUUGACGCAAGCAGACUUCAUUAGUCAAAAGUGCAUCAUUUUUCGAUGCAUGAUGGCACCUGAAAUCUUGUACGCUUCUGAGAGCAAUCAACAAGUGACCUUUGGUGCAAGCUAACUUUGAACAAAUAAUACAAUGUUCCGAAUCUCAUGACUAAUUUGAAGCAAAAAUUCAACCGAAAAGCUGCACUUGGACCUUUAUAAGUUAAAAUCUAGAGGAUACAUAAAGCUAACCGAUAAUUGGGUGGUUCUUUCGUACAACUGAUUUGCCCGCAGAGUAGCAGUUUUAAUUCGUCAAAGAAAAAGUGCAGUAAACCGAAAUCAUUAUGAACUUUUAUAACUGUUAGUUAUUUAUUUUUAGCAGUGGUGGGACAACAAAACAAUAUAACACAUUCAGCAGAGUAUCGACUAAGAAAGGCUCUCCUUUCUUCUUAUGACAAAAUGGUACGUCCGGUGUUGAAGCCGUCAGAUGUUGUAAAAGUCGAAUUUGAUGUGCAGCUCCUGGCUCUCAACGCAGUGGACAAUAAAGAACAAACUAUCACAACAGAAACGGUGAUCACGCAGCAAUGGAAUAAUCCUUACCUACGUUGGGCUCCCGAGAAUUAUGGAAACUUGAAACAAAUACUUGUGGAUCCAAGAGAAGUUUGGGUGCCUGAUGUAGUACUAGAAAACAAUGCAGAUAAUGGGGUUGUUCAGGCGGGGCACGUGGAAAAAUUCCGAAGUUGGGUGCGUGUGAGCAGCGGUGGACAUAACACGUGGCUAUCCCCAGCAACGUUCAAGAGCAAGUGUGGGCUUAGUUUCAAGAACUUUCCCUUUGACACACAGAAGUGCAGCCUAGUUUUUCGUUCUGUAACAUCUGACCGUACCUUUUUAAAUAUCGAUACCACGCACAUCAAAAACGAUAAUCCUGAGGAAGAGCUUAACCUCACCACAUCUAAUGGUUAUUGGUCUCUGAGAAGCAUUGAGAUCAAGACCGAGGAUAAGAAGCAAUCACCGAUAUUCAGCAAAGUUGAAGUAUCAUUUCGUAUUGGACGUAAACCCAUGUUCUUUAUCCUUUUCACCAUCGUUCCUUGUAUGAUCAUUGGGCUGCUGAUUCUCGUGAGUUUCUAUAUUCCCAAUGAGGUGGGUGGAAGGAUCGGACUGUGCUCAACGAUUCUGUUGUCAGUCAGUGUGUACCUACUCGUCAUCGUAAACCAGCUUCCGGAACAGUCCGACGAGUUGCCCAUUAUUGGUGUUUACUACAUUGCGACCAUGGUUGAGAUCGGUCUGGCGCUGACUGCCACAGUUGUAGUCAUGAUGGCUUACCACGCCACUUCCGAGCCACCCCGCAUCUUGACUUGGAUAACAGUGUUUAACAGGAUUGGUUCCUGCGGAAGAAACAAAAGAAGACUACGUAUCAAUGACGCUAAUUUGAAUUCAUCUCCUGAAGUUGGGAAAGUAAAUACCACUGGCAUUGCAAUGGAGGAAAUUGUUGAUGUGGAGCUUGGAGAGGUGGAUGGGCAGACUUCAGCUGACACCCUCGGGGAGAAAACACCACCCACCUCGGUUUCUAAAGAAGAAGUCAACCAAGAAACUUGGAAGGAAAUCGCUCGUGCACUCGACCGUGUUUUCUACUGGUUGUUUUUGGCGCUGGUUGUGUCUUCUUCCAUUACAAUUUACGCACAUGCAGGAAAGCUUUAAUCGCUCGGUCAAUGUAAUUUCAAUUGACCUCUUUGGAAACUGCUGGGCGAAGUCCGCUCUGGUGUUCAAUAAAUUAAUCAAAUAAUGUCUG